GAUGAAUUGGAGGGAGAUCUGUCAGUUCAAGGUCACCUCUGGCAUGUUUCCCGUUUUCACUUCAUUGAUCUUCUUAAAGGACUGGUUUAUUUCUAUUCCCUGGUAUUCCAACUGAUAAUUUGAAUGGUUGAUCCUGAUCUUGUGAACUAUACUUUAUAUUUGGAACUACUUAACUUAGCUACAGUUCAGUAUACGUUUUAGUAUCAAAUACAGUAUCUAACAUUAAUGUAUACAGUUAAUCCAUAUAUAAAUACUUACUGCUCAUUUCAGCAAUCAUAGUUUCGAAUGGACCUAACAUUUCCGGAUCAAAUAUUCUAUGGUGUUGAGUUCCCAGCAGUAGUAAAUAAUGUAGACACAGCUAUUGAAAUGCUUGGUGGAAUCAGUCAAAUAUCUGAGGUAUUUGCUGAUGACAAACGUCGUUUGAAUCUCUCGUUUCGUCCGCAUAUGGUAUAUUCAAAGCCUGCUUGUGGAGAUGGUCGUUCAUCCAAUUCAUUUAUCAUACGUAUUCAACGUCUUAGAAACAAAGUGACAGGCGAGGUCAAAUUAGUUCCUGUUAUUUUGGGACGCGUAACUCGGGUUUACAAAUUUGAUGCUAUGGCUGAUUUUCAAUUCGGUCCAUUUGAACGUGUUCCGACUACAGAUAAAAGUGGGGGAUCCAAAGCCAUCCCACCUAAUUAUAGAAUAUUCUAUAAUGAUCUCAUAAUCAAGGAUCCAACAACAAUGAUUGAUUCUUAUUUAUCUCGUGAUAUGCCGUUGUAUUUGCCACCGGUCCUGUUUAGUCGCCAAGAUACCCCAAGUUUUUACAAUUUUGCUCCUCGUUAUCGUACGACUGAGUACAUUCAGCUUGAAGAAAAAAGUCACAAACUUCCAGUUUCAAGAAAGGCUCGACCAACAUUUGGAUAUCUAGUGAACUUAGAUGAUGCAACUCCUACUUCUCCAAGACCUGGAGCGAUACAACGUGUGAUAAAUCUUGGCCCACCUGCUAUGAAAGUCAAGGAUGAAAUUAAGAAACUCUUCGAUGAGCGACCAAUUUGGAUGCGUCCAGCACUGGCUUACCACAUGCCUGGAGACACUCGACUGAUUUAUUUUACUCAAAUACUGCCUUCUGUAGCUUACUAUAUGGUUCGUGGACCAUGGAGCCGAGCUUGGAUCCGGUAUGGUUACGAUCCUCGUAAAGAUCCUGAAGCCCGUCGUUAUCAAGUAAUUGAUUUUCGAGUUCAAGCUUAUAUGGUUGUACGUAAAUUGUUAUGUCAUUCUUCAUCAAGGAAACGUAUGCUAUGCACGGAUGCCAAUAAGCGAGUUUUGGGAGAUAGUCGUAAAUCUUAUGAAUCUGUACAUUCUAUGGAGGACAGUUUCUUUGAUGAAUUUUUGAAUAGCUCGAAGAAAUCUCAAGAAGAGAAUAUCGACUAUGAUGGAAAUGAUGAAUUAGAUCCGACCAUGAUUGAUGAUGUUGAAGAUGACGAUGGUGAUGAUAGAAUACAAAAAAAUUUGAACAAGGUUGCGGAUUAUCGUUUCGGACCUAAUAACUGGCCAACUACACAUCAAGUCCGUUAUUGUCUAUCUGAUAUAGAGAUUCCCGAGAUACAGGCUAUGUUAGAAGAAGUACCCGAACGAACUGAAGUUGACCCAGUUGAUGGCUGGCUCCGACCUGGAUCUAUCAAACGAAUACGUGAUCUUUUAGGACAGUAUUUAAAAAAGUGGAUCUCUGAAUCAGAUCCAACACAUACAGAUAGUGGGGCCGAGUAGCGACAGUUCAUGUUGUAUUGUGUUUUGAUGUAUAUUACAGUUUUGCAUUUUGUCCAUAAUUUGUUUUCUUUUAGUCGUAUAAGGUAAUUUCAACUUCUUUCAUACUAUUAUAACAAUCUUUAUUUAGUAUGUACUUAUUUCUAUUUUUACUCCAUGGAUAGAAUUUCUUUUUCACUAUCUUCCUACUUUUUCAUGGAUUCUAAUUGAGAUAGAUGUCUUAGUGUAAUUUUCAUUGAAAAUGUUAGCUUAUGAGUAUUAUUUACACAUAUUUUCUUAUUCAUUUUGUAACUACAAGGUUUCCAGUGUAAUUUCCACUGCAAAGUCAAAAAUUACAGUUAAGUGAUUUCUUAAAAUAGUUUUCUUAUCUACUUUGUUUGUUUGUAUUGUAUGAUGAUAUUGAUUGAUUAAUAUACCAUGUAGUAACAGUGACUCUAGCUCAAUCCUGUAAGUUAACAACAAGAAAUAUCGGAU